AUGGAAAAUGCUUUAUUAAAACCAAAAUCAAAAAGAUCAACAUCUUCACAUUUAUCACAAAAUUUAAUGCCACCUAACACUGUUAAUACCAAAGCUCCAAUCACCACAGCUACUACAUCAAUAUCGAUAACGCCUUCAAUAACUUCUAAAGACAAUAACAACAACCCUGGUAUUAUUAAUAGUAUUAACCUAUCAUUACCAAUACACACUGACAAUAUUUAUGUUCGUAAAAGAGAUGGAAGACUAAGACGGUGUGAUAGAUGUAACGAUGUGAAACCUGAUAGAUGUCAUCAUUGCUCAGAAUGUGACAAAUGUAUAUUAAGAAUGGAUCAUCACUGUCCUUGGUAA